GAUCCGGACUAAAGUGUUAUAUAAAGCGGACUUUAAGGGAACUUAGAGAGCAGAGCUCUGCUGAGAGAUCUGGUCACAAUGAAGUUCCUCAUGCUCCUCGUGGUCUUGCAGGUGUCUGCCUGUGGGGCCAUUCCUAUAAAUGAAACCGAAUUUGCUGAAAGGUACUUGACAAAAUUUUAUGACCUUAAAGAGGACAGAAUUCAAAAAACAAAAUGGAAAGCCAAGAGAAACCUCCUUGAAGAAAAAAUCCAGGAAAUGCAGCAGUUCUUUGGGCUCAAAGCAACUGGGCAACUGGACAGCCAGACUCUGAUGAUAAUGCACACACCUCGAUGUGGAGUUCCUGAUGUGGAGAAUCUCAGAGAAUUGCCGGGGAUGCAAAAAUGGACGAAGCAUCACCUCACCUACAGGAUCUAUAAUUACACCCCUGACAUGAAGCGUGAGGACGUUGACAGGGCAUUUCAGAAAGCUUUUCGAGUCUGGAGUGAUGUGACCCCGUUGAGAUUCAGGAAGAUUUAUACAGGCCAGGCGGACAUUAUGAUACUGUUUGCAUCUGGAGCUCAUGGAGACUUCAGUGCUUUUGAUGGCAGAGGUGGCACAAUAGCACAUGCUUUUUACCCUGGACCCGGUAUCCAAGGAGACGCACAUUUUGAUGAGGCAGAGACCUGGAGUAAAGGUUCUCGAGGCACAAACCUGUUCCUCGUUGCUGUUCAUGAACUUGGCCAUUCCUUGGGGCUGCGGCAUUCCAACAAUCCAAACUCAGUAAUGUACCCUAGCUAUAGUUAUGUUAACCCCAACACAUUCCGCCUUCCUGCUGAUGACAUACAAAGUAUUCAGUCUCUCUAUGGAUCCCCAGUGAAAAACCCACCCUUGAGAAAUCCUGUCAUUCCAUCAGCAGCAACUAUCUGUCAGCAAAGCUUGAGCUUUGAUGCCGUCACAACAGUGGGAGACAAAAUCCUUUUCUUUAAAGACAGGUUCGUCUGGUGGAUGUUGCCUGGGAGUCCAGCCACCGUCACUUCAAUUUCUUCCAUGUGGCCAACCAUCCCAUCUGGUAUUCAAGCUGCUUAUGAAAUCAAAGGCAGAAAUCAACUCUUUCUUUUUAAAGAUGACAAGUACUGGUUAAUAAACAACUUAGUAGCACAGCCACACUAUCCCAGAAACAUAUCCUCUCUGGGCUUCCCUGCGUUUGUGAAAAACAUUGAUGCAGCCAUCUUUGACCCAUCUCAUCAUAAGGUCUACUUCUUCUCGGAUAGACGAUAUUGGAGAUACGAUGUGAGGAAGCAGUCCAUGGACCCUACUUAUCCCAAACUUAUUUCCUUGCACUUCUCAGGAAUUAAGCCUAAAAUUGAUGCAGGCUUCUCUUUCAAAGGACACUACUACUUCUUCCAAGGAGCCAAUCAAUUGGAAUAUGACCCCCUGUCGAAUCGUGUCACCAAAAGGCUCAAAAGUACGAGCUGGUUUGUUUGUUUGAAAUGAUGCAGUUGAGGAUCUUCGCUAGUUCUUCAGUUUAAUAAGUAUUUAUCACAUCUGCACUUUAUGCUCAUUAUGCAUAUAAUGUAACAUGAGAUAAGGUGAAGUGUACAGGCCACAGAUAAAUAUUUACACCGAAAAAUGCUUUGACAAAAUUUAUCCUCUUCUGGUAAGCUUUUUCACUUGACUCCUUUCUUACUUUUGAAAGCGGGUACCUGCCAAGUCUGCCAGGUUUCUUUCUAAGUUGUUUUCUAAGAACCUUCAAGUGCACCAAUACGAAUUACUUCCCUGUCUUUACUAAUAUUUAAUGUGUAUUAUUUUGUCAAAUAAAAUGUAAAGAAUUUA